GUGACCAGCCUCACUCUGAUAUUGUUAUCCUUCGAUUAAUCAAAAUUCGCGUCAUUCCUUACCUCUAGGGGUCAUUUGAAACUGAGAAAAUGUACAAAGUGGAUUUACCUUUAGACCAGUCCAUUGAAAAGGCCGUGGAGAGAAGAAGAUCAGCAGAAACAGCUCGCAAGGCUCGGAUCUUCAACACGCGGCUCCGUGUGAUGGGCCUGGAUACUGAUGCUCUCAACCAACAAGUCCAGGAGAAAAAACACAAGCAGAACAUGGAGAUACAACGGGACAAAGCUUAUGAUCAGUUGAGAAAGAUGCAUGAUGAAGCACUGCUGCAGCAAGAAUCUGCUGAAAAAGAGAGACGAGCAACUUUGCAGACUGACCUUGCCCAGUGUUGGGCCACUCACCAGCGGGUGGAAGACUCCAGUGAUGCUGAUCUUAAGUGUGGCCUGAAGGGGGCAUUCAGGAUCACUAUUCCAGAGGCUGAGCUUGGGCCUGCCAGCAUGCAGAUCUUUCAGGGUGAGGGUGCUGGAGAGAAGGAACGGAGGAGGGAACAAAAAAGACAGACAGAAGGAGACCUGCGUGCACAAAAGGAGGAAAAUGAGAGAAGAUGUAUGAGAGAGAAGCACAAAGAGAUGCUCAUGAGCAAAGAGCUUGUGUAUGAGGACCUGAGGGGGGUUCGGCGGCACACACAGGAGGAAGAGUGCAAGAAGGCUGCCCGUGUUGCCCUCGACAACUACAAUCAAGCUCUGGCUGCAGAGCGAGCACAGAACCUGAAGGAGCAGCUCAGGAGAGAGGAGAGGGAGAGUCUGGAGGAGGUGUGGCACACGCUGACGUCAGACAUGAUGACGGAGUGUGCGGAGGCAGCUGAGAGACAGGGGGCUGAUGGGAAGCCCCCUCAGGUGCUGGUCGACAAGUGGAAAGGGAUGAGACCUGAGCAGCUGGGUGCCAUCUACAGGGAGAGAGAGGAACAGCGUCUCCAGAAACAGAGACAACAUGACAACGAGAAAGCUCAGACUGCUGCCUGGGAAAAGCAGCUCCUGAAGCUGUCGAGAGAGGCGGAGGAGGAGGAGAGGAGAGCGGCUCAGCUGAGAAGAGUGAAAAGGAUUCAGACAGACCUUGACAACAUGCAGCUGGCCAGAGAGCAGCAGGCACACCAGGACUACCUGAACAGGAAGCUGUACACCAACAGACCCACAAAGGAGUACUUCUAUCAAUUCAACACCAGCUCCCGUUGACUGACACCAGCUUGUGACAACGUGC